UUCGCGGUGUUAAAAACAGUUCUUCCUCCGUAGUCUUAACUGUAAAAUUGCUUUGUUAAAGUACCCUGAAUUGAGAUGAUCAAGAUGAUCCAGAUCAACACGUUGCUUUUUGCUUUGCUGGUGGUACUUUUUGGUUGUUCAAUAAUGGCAGCACCGUUAGAAGAGAAAAAAGGUUCGAGCUAUAGUUUUAUUAUGAAUGAAAAAUUACCAGAAGAAUUAGAGACGAUUGAGCACACGAGAUACAGAAGAGCUACUUGCCGAAUUCCUAUUAUUGGUGACUGGGUUAGUGACAGUGCUUGUGCCGCAGGUUGUAUCGCAAGAGGAAGAGCAGGUGGUCAUUGCAUAAAUGAGAUCUGUCAUUGUCGAGAAGAACAAAUGUUGGAUCUUUUAAGAAAACGAUUUAAUUUCUAGACAAUAAGUGACGAACAACAAAAAGUCGAACAAAUUGAUAUUACAAAUUAGUGAUCUAAUAUCAUUUCAUUUUAUACACAUCUAAAGAUAGUUGAA